UAAAAGUCUUUUUAGUUUUGUUUUUAUUUUAUUUUGAAAUACAUAUUUGUUUAAAAUUUUAAAAUUUUCUAAUUUUGUUUUUUCCCAUAAAAUAUUUGCAAAAUUCUUUACCAUGAUUAAGUUUUCUAAUUUUUGGAAGAAACCAAAAGAAAUUGCAGCACCAACAAGCAGCGAAACACUGUUAAAAACCAAUGAGAUAUUUAAACACUUCCUUAACAAUUACAGUUGGUUUGUUUAUGCCAUAGCGGGUAUUCUGAUGUUGUGUAGCUUUUAUUGCUACAUCUACAAUUGCAAACGACGUUUGGACUUGAGGAGACGCAGAGAAUCAAUACAAAGAGGCAAUGAAAGAAUUCCCCAACGUCGUCGUCCUGGUGCAGUACAUCGUGAUCGAGAAAUAUUUCGCAAUGCCAUCAAGGCAGUACGCCAGUAUGUUGGGCCCAACGAAAAUCAAGGCCCUAAAGGCAAAUCUUACGUUUUGAAAAGAACGCGCAGCGGUGUUAUUUAUGGCAAUUAUAGCAACGAAGACAAUAGUCAAUGACUGACAUACAUAUAUUUUAGGCAAAACUAUUUUUUUUAAGAAAAUGUAAAAUUAUGUGCAAAAAUUCAGUUUGCUAAUAUAUUUUUGGAAAUAAUUUUAUUUUUAUACAAUAUUUUUUAAAAAUAGCAAUAGUAAAUUAAAUAUUUACCAAAUUUAAAAG